AUGCCAUUGGAAAAUGAUGACACCUUUGACGACGACGACGAUUUCGACUUGGAGCAAGUCUACAACAAUGCUCAGGCGACACAACCAUCAGGACAGAUCCAGACAUAUGGACCUAAGGAUGAUAUAUACCAGAUGAAGGGAGAAAAUGCAAUUUUGAGAGGUCAGAUCGAGAAGAUUCACAAGGAGCAAACUGAAGCCCAGAAACGCCUCAAGGAAGAUUUUGACAAAAUGCUAAGAGAUAAAGAAUCCUACAUCCAAGCGUUGAACGAGUCGCUAUCGAAGAUGAAAUCGGAAAACGAGUUCUUGGUCUCUGAAAACAAAAAUCUCUAUCAGACCAACAGCAGGAAAAGGAAAUUGAGAUCGGUUGAUUCCAACUCCACAGCAUUGUCGCAACAUGAAACUUCUACGCAGAAUACUUCCCACAUGUCUGCAUCAACGCAAAACACUACCCCAGCUAUGAAUGAAGAAAAUAACAGCAGAUCUGAGGUGGAAAGAAUCUCAGAGAAAAAAUCACAUACCGAUAUCAAGGUUGUCGUUGUGAAUCAAGCCACUUUUUUUCAAGAUGAAAAAACUUUGUUCAUAGAGGCAGUGACAAAUUAUGUUAUUUCAGGAAUGCCAAGACCUACGUUGAAUUACCUUGAGAAUAUUUCGUCUACAUUCGAUUACACGUCAAAUGAUUUUCAGAUUUUGGCAAAUGAAAACAGUUUUAAGUCAGCAAUAUUGAGGUACUUAAUCAACUUCCAGGAUAAAAACCGAAUAGAUUAUUUACUCAUCAACUUCAUAGAGAUAUUACUAGAAUAUGUUAUCCAGACGUUUGAGCUUGACGAAUCCCAAUUGCUACCUAUUCCUUUCUUAUUGUCUUUAAUCAAUUUUGCUUUGAAUUAUCGACCGAAAGCCAUUAAUGAAAAAUUCAUUGGCGAAACUACAGAUAAAAUUGUUUCAAUGCUAUGGCAUUUUCAAGGAAUUUUCAAGCCCGAAUUUGAUUAUUUGUCUUUACCAGGAUCAAACCAUAUGAUGAACUUUGUUACUAUGCAAGAUAAAGAGAACAGUGGACUGAUGGACUAUAGUUUUGUCGAAAAAACAAUGCAUGUUAAAAUUUUGGAGGUGUUUACUGCAAUUUUUUUAAUGGAUCUUCUAAGUACACUAAGCAAAGUUGCGUCUUUUCACGUUUUUACAUUUACCAACUCAAGUGCAAAUUCUACGUUUUGGAAAAAAGUUCCUCAACAGAAUAUGGUCAAUAGCUUUUUAUCAAGAAAAACUCCAAUUCAUUUUAUAUACAGCACUGUUGAAAUUUUGCUAAAUUCGAUCCAUGACGACGACAGAUUUGCCUUUGGCAAUACUAGGCGAAAUUCAAUCACUAAACCGACAACGGCUAACGAGAUCACCAUCCAGAUAUUGGAGCAGAUUAUGCAAUUUUUGACAACUAUUUCGCCUUCUCAAAUUCACUUUAAUGUGUUUGGGUUGAACCAUUUGAUAGGGAGCAAUCACCAUCUAGAAUUACUAGAAAUGGUCUCAAUACCCUCGAAUAAACUAUCAUCAUAUCCUCAAACACACUCUUUCGAUCAAUAUGAGGAGAUACUUAGAACAAAGUUUGAAUACUUUCAGAAGCAAGAGCAUUACAUUUUGAGUACAAAGAUGCUAAUAAUGGAUUUGUUUGAGUCUUUUUACUCUGCUUUGAUCAUGAUAACAUUGCCGCUUAACACUAACUCGAAACUUACUAGAAUUUUGUGCCAGAUGAUUGGAGAGGAACAGGAGAUGAUCAUUAGAUCACCACGUUCAUCGAACAACAAUUUAAGAAUCGAUUUAAUAUCCAAGUCGGUGAAAAUCUUACAUCAUUUAAUCGCACAGGAGAGCAGUGUCAAGAUUAAUGAGUUAUCGAAUUUGACGUUACGUGAGAUGAUAAUCGUAUUGCUCAGAAUUUCUUCCAAAAGCAUGAAAAAUGAGUCGAUCGAUUUUGUGACCAAAUUGAGACACGCCAACUAUAACGGAGUUUUAUUCAACGGCGUACAAGAAAAGAACGAGCUAGACAAGUAUGGACUGUGGAACUCCAUUCUUUCGCUCACUAAGUUGCCUCCAAAGGAACAGAAGAGAGUAACUGAAAAUCGUAUACAGAUUGAAAUCGAUUUGUACAAUGGGAUAGAAUUUGGUUAUUCAGAUGAAACUAUAGAUUUAGCUAGAGAUAUAGUCGGCAUGUGUGUUACAGGCGAUGAGGCAGAUCGAUUGCACGAUAGUAUCAAUUAUGUAAAUGAUGAAGACGAAGACUACGAAAUGGCGGAAUUAGGCGACUUCGAGGGAAGUGCCUAG